AACGAAGUUGAUAUAUCCCUUAAGAAGUCAUUCAAACAAAUCGUUUUUUAAAAAAUAAGUAACUCGUUGAACAACAAAUUUUUCGUUUGCUCUUCUUUCACUUGCGUACCGUAUGACCUCUAAAUUUUUCGACUGACUUGCCCUCUCCACGAAUUCGCUUAUUUUGUGCCGAAGGAAACAUUUUUUUCUUCGUCGCGUUAUAUUUAACUACCAAAACAAUUAAUAAAAACACAAGUAUUUGCGUCGAAAUAUACGUAAAUUAGUCACAAAAUUGUAAUUGUAUUUCCUUUUUAUAUUAAAAAAGUAUGAUUCUAAUCAUUUUCAGUCCUAACGAUUAUUAUUAUUAAAUCUUUAAUUAAUCUGUGAUUUUUUCAGUUCACGAAAGAAAAAAAAAAUUGACGAUUAAUUGCAAUGACAAUAUGUUUUCCUGUCUUCGUUUGCAGUAAAAAGUAUAAUACUGUGAUGUUUUUCGAUAGUUUAGAGUGCGAAAAACGUGGGAAUUUUAAUAAUAAGUGAAUACUUCAAUGAAACAGCAAUCUAACGGCGAGAUUUUUGCUUUUUUCACGAGAACCUAACCUAUAAAAAGUUUCGUAAUUCGAUAACAAUGGAUAUUUCACCGUCUUCAAGUAUGAAUCAGGGUAAUCUGUCACACAGCAGCGACGGAUUUAUGAAUGUUCCAAUGGACACGUCGUUGGAUGGAUUAGGAACGAAACGUCGCAGCUCUUCGAGGACGAUUAAACGCAGAAAAUUCGAUGACGAGCUUGUAGAAACAACUUUCAAUCUCCAACCACCAACCACCAGUGGAAAAUCCAAUUCUCGUUCAAGAACAGUUUCUGUUUCGACGGGAACAUCAGAUGUUUUACCCCCCCAAAGCUUGCCGAGCCCUGCACCCAUUCCUGCUACCAUUACACAGCCAGAACGAUGCCACAGGAGACCUAGCAGACCUGGAGGAUCCAAUGGUACUGGCAGAAAGAGCAAAAAGAAUAAAAAUCAUCCUCAUUCUAUCAAUGCCACUAAAGAUCUCGGUCGAUGGAAACCUACUGAUGAUUUGGCACUCAUCACUGGAGUACAACAAACAAACGACCUUAGAAUGGUGCACAGAGGAACAAAAUUUUCUUGUCGUUUCACCUUGCAAGAAAUACAGCAAAGAUGGUACGCCCUUCUCUACGACAGUGCAGUUUCAAGGGUAGCGGUUCAAGCAAUGAGAAAUUUGCAUCCAGAAUUAAUAGCGAGUGUGCAGGCCCGAACCUUAUACAGCAAGGCAGAAGAGGAUUUACUUGGAACGACUUCGCAACCGACACUUGAGAAUUUCCAAAAACUUUUGGAAACAAACGCACAAACUUUUUAUCUAGCCAGAACAGCAAAAGCGUUGUUGGCUCAUUGGCAGCUUAUGAAACAAUAUCAUUUAUUGCCGGAUCAAACUGUACAAACUUUGCCUCGAGGAGAACACGUGCUGAAUUUUUCUGAUGCCGAAGACAUCAUCAAUGACGCAGAGCUGGUCGAGCAGAAGGACGAAUCGAUCGACGCAGAAUUGGCGAUGGCUGAUCGUAAAAACAAAAAAGAAAUUCGUGUCAUCGAAAACGAAUUAGGCAGAUGGCAAGUUCUCGUCGAUAGUGUUACAGGCGCAACUCCGCCGGAAUUUGACAACCAAACUUUAGCGAUACUGCGGGGGAGACUCGUGCGUUAUCUCAUGAGAUCACGAGAGAUAACUGUGGGAAGAUCAACAAAGGAUCAUCACGUUGAUGUUGAUCUUACUCUUGAGGGUCCGGCAUGGAAAGUUUCUCGUCGACAGGGAAUAAUAAGAUUGCGCAACAAUGGGGAUUUUUUUCUGUCGUCCGAAGGGAAAAGACCGAUCUUUGUUGACAGUCGACCGAUUCUCGCUGGCAAUAAAAUGAAGUUGAACAACAAUAGUGUAAUUGAGGUUGCAGGACUACGGUUUAUAUUUUUAAUAAACCAGGAACUAAUAUCGGUAAUUCGUCAGGAAGCGGCGAAGCUGAAUUUGAAUCCUUGAAUAUACAUCUCGUUUUGAAUCGAGAAAAAUCAAUGUUUUGAUCGUAAAUCGAAAAUUUGAAUGAAUCAAGAGGAAAAAUUUUGUCUCAAUGUUCGAACCCUUCUCUUGUGACAAAUACGUUUUAUUGACGAAUCCUUCAACGAGACGUAUGCGUUGAACUCGUGAACAAAUAAUCGUCAAUAAAUAUGAUUACAAUUUUGACCGAUCCAGCAGUUGUUUACGCCGUCAAAAAAUAUUGUAAGAAUGAUACGUAAUCACCGAGAAAUUUCGCAUUUGUAAAACAUUUUUUCGUUGCUUAUUUAUUCGCAAUGUGGUAAUAAUUGUAAAAUACUUUGUAUUGCUGCAUUAAGGAAAUCAAAGGAAAAAUACACUCACUAUCCAAAA